AUUGUUUACUUUGUUAUUCUCGUGCCGUUUGCCAAUUGCUCGAUCCGGCAACGCUGCGAUUAAAGUUGCUGUGUACCACGAAAGCAGUUAUUCACCACACCAAGUGAUAAUUACGACAAAACGGUCACCCUUUUCACUAACAUGUAUUUGGACUUGGCCUUCUCGGUUCAUUUGAUUUUGAACAACACAACCUUAACAAAAUGUCGAAAGCACAUGCUCCAGAUCUGAAGCGAUACAUGGGCAAGCGAAUAAUGCUUUCGAUGAGUGGCGCCCGCACAGUUACUGGAAUAUUGCGUGGAUACGAUCCCUUUAUGAACGUGGUGCUGGAAGAAGCCGUAGAGUUGGAAAAGAAGAAAAAGAACAACAUUGGCAUUGUGAUAGUCCGCGGCAAUAGCAUCGUCAAUAUUGAGGUUAUGGAAAGAGUUUAACGACUAUCUAAGCGCAGUUCCACAACUUAAUGUUUAAAUGCA